AUGUGUGACCUUGCAGUGUUUGUAAACAGACACACGUUGCCGUCGCGAGCUGUUACGGACGAUCGCCAUCGCAAGUGCCAGCACCCCCCGUGUUACACUUUCCCGAUCAGCGGUGCACCAGGAGCGCGACGGCAUGGAGGUGGAGCCGAUGUGCAUUGUGGAGAACGAAACGGAGGGAUCUCGCGGUGACCGGAAAGAGGGGGGCAAGAGGGGACGCAAGCCUGGAAGGAAGGCGGCGGACAGGUCGGACAUGAAAGCUAAGCUCGAACGAAGCCGGCAGAGUGCGAGGGAGUGCCGUGCUCGCAAGAAGCUUAGAUAUCAGUACCUGGAGGAGCUCGUGGCCGACCGAGAAAAGGCGGUGCUUGCUCUGCGGAAGGAGCUCGAGAUGUAUCGCCAGUGGUCGCUGGAAUUGGACGCUGGACAAGUCCCCGAAGGACUACAGGCGAUGCUGGAGAACCUCGGCACGCUGAAGCGGGAGUAACCCAGUAGCGACUAAUCCAGCAGCAAGACAAAGAAGUGGGGAAUAAGGAAGUCACGUGGAUCGAGCCGUUCCAUUUACCUUGUUUCUGCGAUUGAAACCAUAGUCGAGCUUACUUUCCGUCUUCUCUUCUCUUUCUCUGUCUUCUUUCGCAGUUAUUCGAGACUAUUGGAAGUAAUUGGUCAGUGAAUUCAAAAUUUGCCUUUCUUAUUGGGUUACGUUGCAUUUCGUGGUUGGACACAGGUACUCCUGUGGAGAGAGAAAGAUUUUUUCUUCUAUCUUCUGUCGACUCUUUCAUAAAAGGUAGGAAUCGUCGUUCUCGAUUACCUCAUUACCUCACGCGUUAUCCUUUUUGUACGUACGUUUUGUUAUCGCGAGUCGUUAAGUUGAUCCAUAUUUUUUUAUUCUCGUUGGUUAAGAGAGCAUCGAUCGAUUGGUAAUCGGUCGGCUGUCUACGGCCUCACGCUUGAGAUGUACCUCCCUGGCACGAUCAGGAAGUAAUUGUAGAUAUAUCAGUGUUACGCCUCUCGAAGGGAAAGACGGUCGUUGUGUAUUAUAGAAAGUCUAUAUUCAGUAUUGUCUGUUCAGAGAGUGUCGUUACGGGAACUAUUCUCGUUGAUCGUUUGCCGAUUCAUUUGAACUUUACCGACAUACGGUCUUCUCGUACCGUGCAGAAAUCAUCGUCUUGUACAAAUUAGCUCGAUUACAAAAGUUGAUUGGUACAUGUGUACGAAAGAGUCUAAUAGCCAAAUAAAACCGAUAUUUUUCAAUGAAA